CUCUUUAAAGGGGAGGACUUUCUAUGAUCUCAUGAUCAGAGUCCAGCCGGAGAAAUUCAGAGACAUUCUGGUUGGUGAAGCAAUGGAAUCUCAGUAUCACCAGUUUGGACCGGCUGACAACAGCUCUGUCCGUGGAGAGUACAAAACAACUUCACAGUCAGGUAUGAAGAGGAUAGUGCCUUUUGUUCUCUAUGGCGUCCUGGUGCUGCUGCUGUUGAUCCUGCUGAUGGUCACCGGGAUAAAAUUCUCCCAGUUAAACAAGGAAGUCACAGAUGUCAAACUUAACCUUGAGAGAAUCAGCAAUGGAAAGAAGACUUCAUCGUCUGGUUCGGAAGGUAGAACAGUUGUUCAGGAGGUCCCCUUGCAGCAACGUGAGCCAGUUAGAGGAACAUGCAGGGAAGGAUGGAUGUCUUUCCAGAGAAGCUGCUACCUGCUAUCCAAAGUUGCCCUCACCUGGAACCAAGCAGAAAUGCAGUGCCAAUCACAGGGAGGACACCUGUUGGUUCUGAACAGUGUGGAGGAGCUGGACUACAUUUCAGAAAUUGCUGACUACAGACCCAGCUACUGGAUUGGACUUGUAGAGCGAGAGAAUGAGGGACACUGGAGCUGGGUGGAUGGGACUGACUUCAGCUCAACCCCGACCUACUGGGAUGAGGGUCAGCCUGACAAUUGGGACUACAGAGUGAACGGGGAGGACUGUGGGCAGCUUCAUGGUUCUACAAGACGCAAACGCAAGAUGUGGAACGAUGCCGACUGCAGCAUGCAGUACCGGUACAUCUGUGAAGCCAGGGCGUGAGAGACAACAUCAUCACAAGCCUGUUAUUUUGGGGGAGAAUGGUCAAAUGAAGACUGAUGCAACUCAUGUGUCUGAUAUCACUUUAUAAUUGUGAGUGUAGAUGGCAAAAACAACACUAAUUUGCAUGUACAUCUGUGAGGCUUUUCAAUAAAACAACAACUGUGAAUACAA